UCUCCUAACUUGCCUGGAACAAGCCUGCAGCAGUACAGAAGCAUCAGUGAGUUCUGAAUCCUUUUAAGACUUCGCCAAGGGCUAUUUGGUAGUGGCUGCAUGGCUAUGGCCUGAAGAGCUGACCUGGGAUUUAGAGUGCAACCAUGCUAAGGGAAGUUGGAAAUUGGCAAAAGAGAGGGCUAGGUGAGAUCGAAGGGCUUGAGAUUUAUCAGAAUGUGUUGAGUUUAUAUAGAUUUUUGGGGUUAAGAGAAUUACUUGAUCUUCUUAACCGAAAUUUAAAGAUUUAUACUUUCUCAUAACCUUACUUCAGAUUUUUCUUGAUUAAUGAAUUGUGAAGUUUGGAUAAAGCUUAGUUUGUAAAGAAUAAAGGGUAAUGAGGAGCUGAGAAUAUAUAUAUAGCUGAAUAUCAUACCUGAGAUUAAUAAUAGCAGAUGCUUUUAAUGGUCUGAUUUUAGAAGCACAAGAACUAUUGGUAUUUUAAAAUUAUUAAGAAGCUGUGAAAAGCUUAAUAAGUAAUUGAUUUCUUCUUAUUUCGAGCAGACAAAAACUAUAAAAUCAUUAUCCAAAACCCUAUCUUGAGAGUCAACAUACCAAAACUUCUUUCAAAAUUAAAAGAAUCUAUAAUCUUAAAACAUAGCAAUAAUCUAAUAACAAUUUCAGUGAACUAUCUCCCUUCUCUCCAUGACAACAAAAUAUCCAGCCCAUCCAACAAGUACUUCCUCCCCAAUCACCUAACCCCCUCCAAAGCAUUCAACCUCCCCAUACAACAAAAGUCCAUCUAAACCCAAAACCCCUCCAUUCCCCACCCCCAAACCACUCCCCUUAAAACCCUCUUUCCUUUCCACCCACACCUGAUCUUCCAUCCCUAAACCUCUCCACUUCCCGAACAACCCUUCCUAAAAUCCCUUAAACCCAGCUUACUCUUCUUCGGAAUUCCCAAUCUAGUCAAGACACUGAGAAAAUUUGAAAUUUAGCCAAAAUUUGUAAGCAAUAAAAUACUAAAGCAUCCGAGAUUGAUAACUCAGGACUUUUGAAAAUGUUUGCUUGCUAGCAGCUUAUUUAACCAUAAGAUUGAUGUCUAAAUCUUUUGAAUGAUUGAAUCCUGUUGAGAUUAAUGAUGAGACAAACCAAAAGUAAAUAUUUUGGCAUGCCCAGACUUAUGGUUCGUCCAUUGUUU